AUGGGUGUACUCGACGCGUACGACGACGAUGAACUAUUAGACGAAAGCGACGUCUCUUGUGAAGUGGAUGAUUCGCUAGAUGACAGUGUCGAUGAGAUUGUCACAUUUGGCGAUGGAGAUUCAGAGGUCGACAAACUUGUUUCUACCAUCGACCUUGAUUCGCUAGAUAACAAUGUCGAUGAGAUUGUCACAUUUGGCGAUGGAGAUUCAGAGGUCGACGAACUUGUUUCUACCAUCGAGCUUGACUCGCUAGAUGACACGGUCUCACUCGGUGAAGGCGAUUCGGAGGAAGAUAAAGUUGGUUCUACUGAACUUGAUGACGCGCUAGAUGACACGGGCUCACUCGGUGAAGGCGAUUCGGAGGAAGAUAAAGUUUGUUCUGCUGAACUUGAUGACUCGCUAGAUGACAAUGUCUCACUCGGUGAAGGCGAUUCAGAAGAUGCUGAACUCGUUGGUUCCUCCGAUGUCGAGGACGCGUACGAUGACGAUGUAUUCAGCGUAGAAGACGAGGAACUUUGGUCCUCCGAACUUGUUAAUGUCACUGAAGACGAAGACGUCCACGAGCUGGAAGACUCUUCUGAGAAAGAAGACUCUGUGGAUGACGAAAACGAACUUGAGCUCGGGGGAUGUGUAAAUGUCGGCUCCUCGCUUGACAGUGAUGAACUCCAUAAAUCUGUUGAUGUCCAGUAUGCGCUUGAAAAGGUGCUUGAUUCACUUGAAGUCGGCAAUAGAGCUGAGGACUCGGUUUCACUUGGUGAAGGGCUUGGUUCAGAUGAUACCGUCUCACUUGGUGAGGGGCUCGGUUCUUGCGAGCUCGACCCAGUGGUUGACAACGUAUCGGAAGUUGAGCUGGACAAGGCUUCUGAUGAUGAGGAGUCUGUGAUGGAAGACGACGGUGUUGAGCUAGAUUCCGUUGACGACGGGUUGUCAUUGGACGAAGUGGGCAUCGAGGUUGUGGUUUCAGUCAUACUAGACGAUGAUUCCGUCUCCGUUGCCGAUGAUGAAGUGGUUGGCUCCACUGAGCUGGAAAACAGGGUUGAUGACGAGGAAGUAGCCGAUGGAGAAGAAGUUGGUUCCUCUGAACUGGAGGAUUCUCCUUCUGUUGAUGAGAAGGCAGUGGUGGAUGGCGCCGGAGUUGAUAUGUCAUAACUUGACGAUUCUGUUGCUGAUAGACUCUCACUGGAUGAUACAUCAGAAGCUGUUGAGGAAGCUGUCGAUGAAAAACUCUCACUGGACGAUGCAUCCGUCGAUGACGAAGCUAAGUAUGUACAGAAUCAGCCCCC